GUGAUCGAUCGGAAAACAAGGCGAGGCUUAAUCCCACGCACUUUCCCUUCGCUACGGCCACGCAACCCCCAGUGCCGGAGUUCGGAAAUGCCGCCAUAAUCUCUUUCGAUUCUUAGGCCCUUCGCACCAGAGUGUCCUUUCCCACUUUACUUGGCCUGGAGUUACUUGUUGGAUUAUGCGGUCUGCUUAAUUUAAACUGGUAAUCAUACCAUAGCGCUCUCGCUGACCUUCUCUCCGCUUCUUUUUUCUUCCCCUUGGGUUGUUCUCCUCUCUCUUCUUCUUCCCAUUCAUUCUUUCACAUUCGUCCCUAACAAACCCCCCCCCCUCCCCCCUCCUGAAUUUAGAGUCAGCGCUGGACUCGGGAUUAGAGAGAUCAAGGGCCGUUCCCUUUCCUCCCUUAUCGCCAUCCUUCCCUCUUUCUAGCCCUGCUUCACUGGCAGCGGUUUCUCUGCUUGGUCGGACCCUCUGUUUCCGCCAUGGCGCAGCUCGACACCCUGGAUUUGGUCGUCCUGGUGGUGCUCUUGGUUGGUAGCAUUGCCUAUUUUACCAAGGGCUCCCUCUGGGCUGUUGCCAAAGAUCCCUAUGCCUCUUCGGACGCGGCUAUGAACGGGGCUGCCAAGACUGGCAAGUCCAGAGAUAUCAUCGAGAAAAUGGAGGAGACUGGCAAGAAUUGUGUGAUUUUCUACGGCUCCCAAACUGGAACUGCCGAGGACUACGCCUCCAGACUGGCAAAGGAAGGAUCCCAGCGGUUUGGCCUCAAGACCAUGGUCGCUGACCUGGAGGAAUACGACUACGAGAACCUGGACCAGUUCCCCGAGGACAAGAUUGUGUUCUUUGUUCUGGCUACUUAUGGAGAGGGCGAACCCACCGAUAACGCUGUCGAGUUUUAUCAAUUCAUCACCGGGGAAGAUACCGCAUUCCAAGGGGGAGGCUCCGCCGAGGACAAGCCACUUUCCUCUUUCAAGUACGUCACUUUCGGUUUGGGUAACAACACGUAUGAACACUACAAUGAAAUGGUUCGCCAGGUCGACGCCGCUCUCCAGAAGUACGGUGCACAACGGAUUGGCUCUGCUGGUGAGGGUGACGAUGGUGCUGGCACAAUGGAAGAGGACUUUUUGGCUUGGAAGGAACCCAUGUGGGCGGAACUCUCCAAUGCCAUGGGUCUGCAAGAGCGCGAGGCUGUAUACGAACCGGUUUUCAACGUUACGGAGGACGACUCUCUGACCUCUGAAGAUUCGUCGGUUUACCUUGGCGAGCCUACUCAUGGUCACCUUGAAGGCCAGCCCAAAGGUCCUUUCUCUGCGCACAACCCCUUUAUUGCCUCCAUUGUCGAGUCUCGCGAGUUGUUUGCUGUCAAGGACCGCAACUGCUUGCACAUGGAAAUCAGUAUCGCGGGCAGCAACCUUACUUAUCAGACUGGUGAUCACAUUGCGGUUUGGCCCAACAACGCAGGCGCCGAAGUGGAUCGGUUCCUCCAGGUUUUCGGUCUCGAAGACAAGCGCCACUCGGUUAUUAGUAUCAAGGGGAUUGAUGUUACGGCCAAGGUCCCCAUUCCGACCCCUACCACCUACGAUGCUGCGAUUCGCUACUACCUGGAAGUCUGUGCACCUGUGUCCCGUCAGUUCAUCGCAACCCUGGCUGCUUUUGCUCCCGAUGAGGAGAGCAAGGCAGAGAUCGUUCGUCUUGGCGGUGACAAGGACUAUUUCCAUGAGAAGAUCACCAACCAGUGCUUUAACAUCGCCCAGGCUCUCCAGAACAUUACCUCUAAGCCGUUCGCCGGCGUUCCGUUCUCUCUGCUUAUCGAAGGCCUCAACAAGCUCCAACCCCGUUACUACUCGAUCUCUUCUUCUUCACUCGUCCAGAAGGAUAAGAUCAGCAUCACCGCUGUCGUGGAAUCGACUCGCUUGCCUGGUACAACCCAAGUGGUCAAGGGUGUCACCACCAACUACCUCUAUGCACUCAAGCAGAAGCAGAAUGGCGACCCUUCCCCCGAUGCUUUUGGCUUGACUUACGAGAUUUCUGGUCCCCGCAACAAGUAUGAUGGUAUUCACGUCCCUGUCCAUGUCCGACACUCGAACUUCAAGCUCCCCUCCGACCCCUCCCGACCAGUCAUUAUGGUUGGCCCAGGCACUGGUGUUGCUCCUUUCCGUGGUUUCAUCCAGGAACGUGCAGCUUUGGCAGCCAAGGGCGAGAAAGUUGGUCCCACCGUUUUGUUCUUUGGUUGCCGUAAUCGUGAGGAAGACUUCCUCUACCGGGACGAAUGGAAGGUUUUCGAGGACCAACUUGGGGACUCUCUCAAGAUCAUCACUGCCUUCUCCCGUGAGGGUGCCGAGAAGGUCUAUGUCCAGCAUAGGCUCCGUGAACACGCUGAACUGGUUAGUGAGCUUCUGAAGCAGAAGGCAACCUUCUAUGUCUGCGGAGAUGCCGCGAACAUGGCUCGUGAGGUCAACCUCGUGCUUGGCCAGAUCAUUGCUGCCCAGCGUGGUCUUCCUGCCGAGAAGGGCGAGGAGAUGGUGAAGCAUAUGCGGAGCAGCGGCAGCUACCAGGAGGAUGUCUGGUCAUGAUCUCCCGGUGCUUGCUUGUUCCCCCGUUUCAUGCUAUGAAUUGAUUUACUAUUUUCAUUUUCCUUUUAAUUUCUCCUCAUGCCCCCCCGAUUGCUCUUCGCAUAUAUACUCCGGUUUUAUUGAUUUAUCCUGGCGUGGUUCAUGUAUGCCUAGUCUUUUUUUUUUUUUUUCCCCGGUCAGCCGCAACGCGAGUGAUGACCUUCAAAUGGAUGCUAUAGACGGUGAUGAGGAAUGUCGAAAGAAAGAUAUCAAAAAUUCUUAUGAUUGGAAAUUCAAGAAACAUGAAC